UGUGUAUGGUGUGUAUUUUGAAAUGUUAUGUAGACAGAGUGGUGCUGUGAGUUUACAACCGAUGUAAAUUAAUAAAAUAAAAGUACAAUAAUGUAAUAUUCUAGUGCUAAUAACGAGUUUGGCAUUAUCGCAAUGUAAUUAUACAUAUCAAUUUUAUUGGGAUCAACAAUCGCCAAAACUGAAACACAACCAUCAACAGUACCAAGUACAACUGCUUUUCCAUCUGAAGUGCUUUCUACUGCUAAACAAUAGUUUGGCCAGUUUAAAAUAAGUUAAUAUAAUAUUACAAAAAAAAACACUGAAAAUGGCUGGGGUUGAUCCAACAACUGCACAAAUGAACAAAUUCCGUAGUUAUAUUACUACACUUGCGGAUCCCAGCUGUAAAGACUAUCUAAAACUAAAAGUAAUCCAAGAAAUUGGCGAAAAUCUUGAGCUUAUACUCUCUUCGUAUUUGUACCCCAGUUUUCUGGAACAUGCAGUUAAAAUGUUUUUAAAAAUUCUACAAGAAGGUGAACCGCAUUUUAUAGCUGAAUAUAAUAUUCAACAGGUGCGAAAAUUAAUAUUGGAAUUGUUACAUAGGCUUCCAAAUAAUGAUCUUUUACGACCCCAUGUAAAACCAAUUCUUUCGUUAAUGUUAAAACUUCUAGAAUUGGAGAAUGAAGAAAACGUUCUCGUUUGUCUAAAGAUUAUUAUUGAAUUACACAAACAACAUAGGCCUUCCUUUAAUGCAGAGAUUCAACACUUUUUGCAAUUUGUAAAAACUAUCUAUUCUGAUUUGCCUAAUCACAUGAAUAAAAUUUUUGAACCCAAACCUCCUAUUAAAGUGAAAGAUUUAACGGAACUUAACAUUGAAGAACUUUUGAAAGAAACUUACACCAUCACCACUAUACAGACAGAGAACAAGACCAAAGAUGGCACUACGAUAACAUACAAUUUAAUUCCCAAAGCUGUACUGUCCUUAAAAGUGCUCCAGGAAUUACCUAUUAUUGUUGUUCUUAUGUAUCAAUUGUAUAAACAAAGUGUUCACCAAGAUGUUAGUGAUUUUAUACCUUUAAUUAUGACUACUAUUACACUUCAACCAACUUUGCAACAAAGACAAUCAGAAAAUUUUAACAAAGAAAUAUUUGUGGAUUUUAUGGGGGCCCAAAUUAAGACUUUAUCUUUUCUCGCCUAUAUAAUAAAAAUGUACCAGGAAGUAGUUUCCAAUCAUUCCACUAUGAUGGUCCAAGGCAUGCUGCAACUUUUGGCCCUGUGUCCCAUGGAAGUAGCCCACUUAAGACGUGAACUUCUGAUAGCUGCCAGGCAUAUACUGGCCACCGAUCUCAGAAAUAAAUUUGUACCACAUAUGGAAAAAUUAUUCGACGAAGACAUCCUAUUGGGGAGGGGUUGGACAACGCACGAAUCGCUCCGCCCACUUGCAUAUUCAACAUUAGCCGAUCUUGUGCAUCAUGUGCGUCAACAGCUUCCUUUAUCAAAUCUCGCAAGGGCAGUUCACCUUUUUAGCAAAAAUGUACAUGACGACAGCUUAGCAACUACGAUCCAAACUAUGUCUUGCAAAUUGUUACUGAAUCUAGUGGACUGCAUACGGGUAAGGGCAGAAGCGGAGAAUAACGUAGAAGGACGAGAAUUACUUAUGCGUAUGUUAGAGGUGUUUGUUUUAAAAUUUAAAACUAUUUCCAAAAUCCAUCUGCCAAUUCUCAUCAGCAAGUGUAAACAACAGCAGCAACAGAGCACAACGCCUGGACUUCAGACGCAAGUUUCCCAAACAACAGAAAUAAAAGGUGACCCCGACAAGUCCUCUGUUGAUAUUUUGGACAGUUCUGUUACCGAUACUACCCAGAAGGAGGUCCGGUCUCGUAUCGGGACAACAUGUAAUCAAAACAACAAUUAUAACGUAGCUGACUACCGAAGCCUUGUGAAAACUCUAGUGUGUGGGGUCAAGACCAUUACAUGGGGUUGUGCAACAUGCAAAACUAGUUCAAUGCAGCAAAUUGCGGCUACAAAGCAGUUUCAACCUCACGAGACUUUGGUCUUUGUUCGACUAGUUAAAUGGACCCUACGAGCUCUAGACAUUUAUACUUUAACGGCAACUCCACAAACUGGACCUGCUACAAGGGCUAAUCAACAAACCGUCAGAUCAAAAGAAGAAAAGGAUGUUUUAGAACAUUUUAGCGGAGUUUUUUCUAUGAUGAAUCCACAAACUUUCCACGAAAUCUUUUCUACUACUAUAGAAUAUUUGGUAGAGCGAGUCUACAAAAAUGCAACUCUUCAAAUAGUCCCCAACACAUUACUAGCAAAUCCCACCACUAGUCCCAUUUUUGCUACUGUUCUGGUCGAAUAUCUUCUGGAGAGAAUGGAGGAGAUGGGCUCUAACUUGGACCGCAGCAACCUUUACCUUCGUUUGUUUAAAUUGGUCUUUGGAAGCGUGUCUUUAUUCCCUCAGGAGAACGAGAACAUGCUAAGACCACACCUUCAUCAGAUUGUCAACAGAUCUAUGGAAUUAGCAAUGAGUGCUAAAGAACCUUACAAUUACUUUUUAUUGUUAAGAGCUUUAUUUAGAUCUAUAGGAGGAGGUAGUCACGAUUUAUUAUAUCAAGAAUUUCUCCCUUUGUUACCUAACCUAUUAGAAGGACUGAACAGGCUUCAAAGUGGUCUUCAUAAGCAGCAUAUGAAAGACCUUUUUGUUGAAUUAUGUUUAACAGUGCCAGUCAGAUUAAGUUCUCUUUUGCCAUACUUGCCGAUGUUAAUGGAUCCUUUGGUGUCAGCAUUGAAUGGAUCACACGUUCUAAUAAGUCAAGGUUUGAGAACAUUGGAGUUGUGUGUAGACAAUUUGCAGCAUGACUUCCUCUAUGAGCACAUCCAGCCAGUCCGUGCAGAUCUCAUGCAGGCCCUCUGGAGAACACUGAGGAAUAACGAUCAAGUUGCUCAAGUGGCUUUUAAAGUUUUGGGAAAAUUCGGUGGUGGCAAUCGGAAAAUGAUGACAGAACCUCAAAAAUUAGAAUACAUUUCGUCGGAUCAUAGUCCUCCAUCUAUUAUCGCUCACUUCCACGAACAGCAACACGCAAUAGAAUUUCCUGUGUCAAAGGUCAUAGAAACCGCAUUCAGCGCUUUGAAGCAAAGUUCCACGGAUUCUUUCUAUAGGCGACAAGCAUGGGACGUUAUAAAUUCGUAUCUAGCAGCAUCCCUUAAUCUAUCAGAUGAUAAAAAGACAAUAGUAAACCUCUUCAUGCAUCCCAGUUUCCAGGAAAUAAAUCGAAUUCCUCACAUCAAAGGGUCUUCCUACAAAUCCAUUUACACAGAAAGCAGAGAGACCCAUCAGACUGCGUUAACAGGUAUGUUUGUGGCUGCAGCAAUUAAAGAACUUCGUCAUCCUGUCCUUACUACUAUGGUGAACAUAGUCAGGCAUUAUACAACCAUAGCAGUUGUACAACAAGCUGGCACAUUCGCCAUAACUCCUAAGCCUAAUGAACAAAUAGCCUUGGAUCCUUUGGUGUUAGUAGAUGCACUUGCAGUUAUCAUGGGACAUGAAGAAAAGGAACUUUGUAAACCAGGUCACCUUGCACUCGUAUUAAUGUUAGAAACAGCCACAACAUUGCUUGGCAGUAAGGAAAUGGCUUGUCGGUUGCCUUUAAUCGAGUACUUAGCAGAAAAAAUGUGUGCCCUCUGCUACGAAAGAGCCUGGUACGCGAAACUAGGAGGUUGUUACGCUAUCAAAUUCAUGUAUGAACGUUGUGCGCUCAAAUGGGUUUAUGAACAUAUGUUUAUGUUCCUCAAAGCCCUCUUAUUUGUUAUGAUGGAUUUGACUGGAGAGGUAUCCAGUGGGGCUCUUGAUAUGGCCAAAACCAACCUUGAAAAAAUGUUAAUCGUUUGCGUUACUCCUCCUCCAAAUGGCACCGAUCAAUCCACGAAGGAAAUGCAAAAGAAAGCUCUACACAAAAUCACAUACGAACUCGUACGUCAAGUUACUAGUCCCCACACUUUGGUCAGGGAACAGUCAAUGGCGUCGUUACGUCUACUUGCUGAUAAACAAGGUAAGACUGUCACGGCUGUAAUGGAGCCUUUCAGGGAUCUACUUGCGGACAUGGUACCCCCCAAAAAACACCUGUUAAAGCAUCAGCCUGCGAUUGCACAGAUGGGACUUAUGGACGGAAACAUGUUUUGUACCACACUAAAUCCCAGACUUUUCACCAUAGAUACGGAAAUGAAAGAAGAUAAUUUGUUUAUUGCCGAUCUCUUGUCUCUUUGCAACACAGAAGAUGCGAAAUUAAACAAUUUGCCGUGCUACAAGUCUAUUACAAACUUCAUACCUCUUCGAAUCAGUGCUCUUAGGGUGCUGGCAGCAUGUCAUUACCUAGAGUCUGAUGUACGAGAUCAAAUAUUUCAAGUAUUAUAUAAGGCCCUUGAAAAACCUAAUGCCGAACUUCAGGAGACUGCUUUUACAUGUAUGAAACAGUUUAUCGUCGGAUACCAUGUUGAAAAAGAACUGGUUCGUUCCACUAUGAGACCGUUAUUGUCGACAUUGGGAGAUGUGAAGAACUUGACUUUGAAUGGAGUAAAAAUGCUGUCUUAUUUGACCCAGUUGUUUCCUCUUGUGUUUAAUGAAAAGCUUUGUGAACAGUUACUUGAAAUACUGAAACAGCUAUUAAAGAAUUUAGUCCAGAACCAGAAAAGUGUUUCAAAGAAAGGUGAAGAUGAGGAAAAAAUUGCCACUGUAAUCAGUAUCUAUCACCAAACUCCAGCAGCAUCUUCUAAAUUUAUAAAACAACUCUGCCAGCUGAUACUUCAGGCUGAACAGGCGAUGUUAAUCGAGGCGAGUUCUCCAUUCCGGGAUGUCCUCAUGAAAUUCCUGCUUCGUUAUCCUUCAGAAACGCUGGACUUCUUCCUCGACGACAACAUCAUUAAAGAUCAACAAUUCAGCAGAUACCUUACCUAUAUGAUAAAACACAAGGAUGGGAAGCCAUUCCGCGAUCAUAUUCAGUGUAAUAUGAUACAAAGGUUGAUAACGAUGGCCCUUUCGAACGUGCAUGUCAAUUUGGCCCUUACCGAAAAUGAGAGAAACGAGUUGCAGUACCAAAGCAUCCGAAUUGUGUCUCUGUUAAUCAAAUUUGAUGAGCAGUGGCUGUCCAUGCAACAGGAACUUGUGGAGGCGUUUCGACAGAUCUGGUGCAACGAAGAAUUUCAGUAAAUUAACUUAACGAAAUUUAAAAAAGCUUUACAUAAAAAAGCCUGUAAUCGAGAUAAUAAAAUGCGUUAUUAUUGUUAUGGGACCGUAUAUAUAUAUUGAAGGAUAUUGUUUUUAUUUUAUUGAUUUUCUUUGUUUUAGUUUUUGAGGGAUUUCUUGGAAAAUACCGUAGCUCAAAAUUACACAGUGGAGUGGAAAAGGUCAGCCUUUUUCCGAUUCGUCGAGCAUUUCCCUACCAAUUUUAUGUCACAGGAAUUAAAGGCCAAAGUUCUGCAGUUGGUACUAAUACCUUGUUUCUCGGUCAGUUUUGAAAGAGGAGAAACGAACAAAUUGGUCGGUAGCAGUCCUGCUCCUUAUCAAGAUAGUCCUGACAAUGUGGUUUCCGUGUUCAUCCACAAGCUAAUAGAUCCUGAAAUUCCAUUUCCUUUUGUUGUCUCUGAUUGCGUGCGCAUAUCACUGUUGCAAUUCUCCUGUCUUCUGGUCGAGCAGGCCAGUCCUCACAUACACGAUCAUGACGCAAACAACAAAGCUCAAGGUUUCAAACUUCGCAAGCUAAUGACAUUUGCAUGGCCUUGUUUACUUGGCAAGAACUGCGUCGAUCCUGCUACAAGGUACCACGGACAUCUUUUGCUUGCCCACAUCAUUGACAAGUUUGCCAUUCACCGCAAAAUCGUUCUACAAGUUUUUCACAGUUUGCUGAAAGCCCACGCCUUGGAGGCUCGAAAUGUGGUCCGACAAGCUCUUGAAAUUCUCACCCCUUCCAUGCCAGUCCGUAUGGAAGAAGGGCAUACAAUGCUGGUUCAUUGGACCAAAAAAAUCAUAGUAGACGAGGGACAUUCGAUGCAGCAACUGUUUCAUAUUCUACAGCUAGUCGUUAAACACUAUAAAGUUUAUUAUCCAGUACGACAUCAUUUGGUACAGCACAUGGUCAGUUCAAUUCAAAGACUCGGAUUUAGUCCUACUGCUACCUUAGAGCAUAGAAAACUAGCAGUUGAACUGGCUGAGGUUAUAAUAAAAUGGGAAUUAUAUGGAAUCAAAGAAGACUCUGAUGGAGAGGGGGUGCUUGUAGAAGGGGGAUCUUUGAAACGUCAGGCAGUUGAUGAUUCGAUCGAACCUUCAUUGAAACGUUUGGCACUACAGCAACCUUCAACCUCUGGCCAGCAAGUUACAAUGGUUCCUCUCUUAACACCCAAGGAAGAGCCUGGAGUCACAAAACCAAUUGAUAGAAUUCAUACCGAUACAGUCCUAAAUUUCCUUCUUAGGCUUGCCUGUCAGGUGAACGAUGUAACAACUCCUAAUCCUGCCAAUCCAACUGCUAGUAGUCCUGGAGAACUGCUUUCUAGAAGAUGCGUAAUCCUGUUAAAAACAGCUCUCAAGCCGGACCUGUGGCCCCAACCACCUGAUCUCAAGCUUGUUUUCUUCGACAAGAUUCUGAUGACAGUCGAAGGCGCGAAUCCCAACGUUGCCAACGUUUGUACAGCCCUAGAGCUUCUUACUUUCCUACUGGGAGUUAUGAAGAAAGAACAGAUCCUUGCUAAUUUUAAACAGCUACAAAAAAGUUUAGGUGCUUGUAUUACAUCAACUAAUGGGAAGAUUAUUAAGCUUGUUCAUCAACUUUUAACAAAAUUAAUGGCCCUUUUCCCUACUGAAAGAAGUAAUUCAAACAUGGCCUGCAAAUAUGACGAGUUGGAAAUAUUAUAUUCUACUAUAGGGAAGACCAUCUUUGAAGGUCUUUCAAAUUAUGAAAAAAAUCUUCAAGCAAGUCCUUCAAGUCUUUUUGGUACCUUAAUGAUUUUAAAGGCGGCUUGUAUCAAUAACAAUUCUUACAUAGAUCAAUUAAUGACUCCAUUUAUGAGAGUUUUGCAUAGAAUUGCUAAAGAACACCUUCAACCGCCAACACCCGAAGCAAGUCCAAUGACAAGUGAAUUACUUAUUUUAAGUUUGGAUUUGGUGAAGACAAGGGUAAUUGUUAUGGGCGUGGAAAUGCGAAAAACAUUCAUUGGUUCUGUCUUAGUUGGCCUAAUAGAAAAAACACCUGAUAUUAAGGUUAUGAAAGCCAUAACAAAGAUGUUGGAAGAGUGGAUGAAAAGUAAGAACGUAAUAACAUUGUCCCAGACUCCAAGUUUACGUGAAAAAUCAAUUUUGUUAGUAAAAUUAAUGCAAUAUGUGGAAAAACGAUUUCCCGACGACGCCGAUCUCAAUGCGCAAUUUCUUGAACUUGUUAACUAUGUUUACACUGACGAGCAAUUAAAGCAGUCAGAAUUAACGUCUAAACUGGAACCGGCCUUUCUAGCGGGCCUAAGAUGCACACAACCUCACAUUAGGGCUAAAUUUUUCGAAGUUUUCGACGCAUCGAUGCGUAGGCGUCUUCACGACCGUCUUCUCUACAUAACUUGCUCUCAAAACUGGGACGCCAUUGGACCACAUUACUGGAUCAAACAAUGCAUUGAACUAAUCAUUGCAACAGCAAGCAAAGAUACGAGGAUACAAAUGUCCCACGAGAGCAGUAUAUUGCCGAGUAUUACGUCAGUUAUAAAUGCAGCCGAUUACAAAGUACGUCACGAAUUCUUUGCCGUAAAACAGGAAACCACGGACCUGUACCAGCCCAUGGAAAUCAAAGAGGAAGUCUUAGACAUGGAUCUGUCGAAUGUCGAAUCGAAUCCAACCCUUGACGAGAAGCCGAUUAAUAGGUCCGAAACGUUAAGCAAAUUAAUCACGAAACACUGUGAAUUCCUUGAAGUGGCAUCUAACGUCACUACCGACCAAUUUCUUGUUGCUGCAGCACAACUGUGUCACAUGGAUACUAAUCUGGCUGAGCAAGUAUGGUUGCAGUUAUUCCCCAGAUUGUGGAAUGUUCUCGACGAACAACAGAGAAGUACUUUAGCCCAAGAAAUUGUUCCUUUCAUAACAUCUGGCACUCACAUUAUCCAGAAGGAUUGUCAUCCGAGUGCUAUAAACACAAUUGUAGAGGCACUUUCCAAAUGCAACCCGCCCGUUCAUAUACCACCGUCAUUGAUGAAAUAUAUUGGUAAAUCUCACAAUUUGUGGCAUCGAAUGACUCUGGGACUUGAACAGAUGGCUUUUGAUCCUAACUAUCCGAAAACAACUGCGUCGCCUGGGGGAUCUUCAUGCUACGAUUUCGAACCUGAACAAACACCUAAAAGUGAAAUCUUAAAUUCCCUGGGAGAAUUGUAUGAUCUUCUUUGUGAAGAAGACAUGUGGGCUGGCCUUUGGCAGAAGCAUGCUCAUUACAAGGAGACUAACAUCGCCAUUGCAUACGAACAACAUGGUUUCUUUGAGCAGGCUCAAGCGGCGUACGAGAGUGCGAUGGCUAAGCACAAGCAGGACAACACUAUGGGACCGUUGCCAACUCAUACACAGCGUGAAGUUCAUCUUUGGACCGAACAUUGGAUCAGUUGUGCGAAAGAGUUAAAUCAAUGGGACAUUCUUCUGGAAUAUUCAAAGAAUGGUGUGUUUGAUCCCUACCUCAUGCUCGAAAGCUCGUGGCGAGUUCCUUCCUGGGAUGUUAUGAAAGAAGCCCUCUCAAAUGUAGAGUAUAAUUGCCCUAAAGAGUUAGGAUGGAAGGUAACCUUAUAUGGGGGAUACCUUCUUAUUUGUAAUCCCGAAGAAAAACCAUUAAAGAUUGCGGAACGCUACGUGGAGACCGCGACCGUUAUGUGCCUUAACGAGUGGCGACGAUUACCCCACAUCGUCAGCCACAUUCACUUGCCUUUUCUACAAGCUGCCCAACAGAUAAUGGAGUUACAAGAAGCGUACCUGAUACAUAAAGGGUUGUUGCAAGCACAUCAAAAUUCAUUGCAUGACAUGAAAGCGAUUGUGAAAACUUGGAGGAAUAGGUUGCCUGUAAUUGCGGAUAAUUUAAGCCAUUGGAACGACAUUUUUACCUGGAGACAACAUCAUUACCAGUUCAUUGUUAGCCAUUACGAAAAUCUGAGAGAAACUGGCCACACGAAUUCCAUGUUGGGAGUGCAUGCUUCAGCUCAGUCAAUAAUCCACUUUGGAAAGAUUGCUCGUAAACAUAAAUUGACGUCAGUGUGUUUGGAGUCCCUGAAUCGAAUUUAUACUAUUGCAAGCGUUCCCAUAAUUGACUGCUUCCAAAAAAUCCGUCAGCAGGUCAAGUGCUAUCUGCAAAUGGCAUCGUUGAACAAUAAAAACGAGCUUCAGGAAGGACUUGAGGUCAUCAAUAACACCAAUGUCAAAUAUUUCACGAAGGAGAUGACUGCCGAAUUUUACGCACUCAAAGGAAUGCUAUAUCAUCUAAGUAAUAAAUCGGAUGAGGCGAAUAAAGCUUUCUCGGCUGCAGUUCAAAUGCACGAUACAUCUGUGAAGGCGUGGGCACUCUAUGGCGACUACUUAGAGCAAGUAUUUACCCGUGAUCCCCGACAGAUUUCUUUAGGGGUGAAUGCGAUAACAUGUUUUAUGCACGCAUGUCGACACCAAAAUGAACCGAAGGCCCGCAAAUAUCUGGCAAAAGUACUUUGGCUUCUUAGUUACGACGAUAAGAACUCUAGUUUAAUGACUGCCUUGGAUAAAUAUUCAGUAGGUGUACCUCCGGUUUUAUGGUUACCCUGGACGCCUCAGUUGCUCAACUGUCUGGUACAAUAUGAAGGAAAUGUAAUUCUUAAUCUUCUUUGUCAGGUUGGUCGUAUGUUCCCCCAAGCGGUUUAUUUCCCCAUAAGGAUCCUCUACUUGACCUUGAGGACUGCUACAGCUAGAAAAACUAAUGUUCAGCAACAAAGUCAGGAAUCUCAAGGAAAUGAUACUACCAGCCAAGUUACUUCCGGUCAAACGCCGUCGACUUCCCAGGAUGGUGGGUCAUGUACAACAACAGCUGGAAGCGGAAGUGGUAGUAGCAGCGUUGGAGGAAAUUCGAGCACAGCCGAAGCUGCGGCCACUAUUAAAGCUACGCCACUUAUGAUUAGAUGCUCGAAAAUUAUAAGAAUGCAAAAGGACAUCCAUACGACGGUUUUGAACAGUUUGGAAGGCAUUGCGGACCAGAUGGAAUGGUUCCGCGAAAAUUGGUACGAAGAAGUCGUGCGACAGCUGCGCCAAGGACUGACCAAAUGUUACGCGAUUGCUUUUGAAAACCGAGAGUCCGUGAACGAAGCUAAGAUCACACCCCAUAUCCUCAAUUUCGUUCGUAAACUAGUUUCUACCUUUGGUAUCGGAGUCGAAAAUAUAUCAAGUUCAGUAAAUGCAACAUUUAAUUCGGCGGCGUCGGAGAGUCUGGCACGGAGGGCGGAAGCCACCUACCAGGACCCGGUGUUCAAAGAGAUGAAAUUGGAAUUCACGAAGGACUUCGACUUUUCCCAAUCAAAUGCUAUGAGACUUCAUACUCUCAUUUUUAAGCUGAAAAAAUGGAUCAAGAUUUUAGAAAACCGAUCAAAAAUGCUCAUACAGUCAUUUCUAAUCGAGGAGAAGUGCCGUUUUCUUUCGAAUUUUACUCUAAAAACGGCAGAAGUCGAACUUCCAGGAGAAUUUUUGUUGCCAAAACAUACGCACUAUUUUGUACGCAUAGCGCGGUUUAUGCCGCGCGUUGACAUAGUGCAAAAACACAAUUGCGCUGCCAGACGUCUUUAUAUACGCGGUCAUAAUGGCAAGAUAUACCCAUAUCUGGUGGUAAAUGACUCGGGCCUGGCAGAUGCCCGUCGCGAAGAACGAGUACUCCAAUUAUUACGAAUGCUUAACCAUUGUUUAGGAAAACAAAAGGAAACGUCUAGAAGAUUUUUGAACUUCACAGUUCCAAGGGUGGUAGCUGUUUCUCAACAAAUAAGACUGGUCGAAGAUAAUCCUGCCUCCGUUUCAUUACUUGAUGUCUUCCGAAAGGGUUGUACAAAAUUAAAUAUAGAAUAUGACGCGCCAAUUAGUUAUUACUACGAGAGGCUAGCACAAGUGCAAAGUCGAGCGAUAAAGGCAAGUCAUCAAGUUUACCGAGACAUAUUGAAGGGAGUACAAACCAAUAUGGUGCCAAGAACGAUGUUAAAACAGUGGGCGGUCGCAACUUUCCCUUCGGCUACGGACUAUUGGCAGUUUAGGAAAAUGUUCACUUUGCAAUUAUCCUUAGCGUGUUUUGCCGAAUAUGUAUUGCAUCUGACACGCUUGAAUCCUGAUAUGAUGUACCUGCACCAAAACUCUGGUCUUGUUAAUGUAUCUUACUUUAAAUUUGACGUCGAUGACAGUAGUGGAGAGCUGAACACCACAAGACCAGUCUCCUUCCGUCUCACACCCAAUAUCGUCGAGUUCCUGUCAACGAUCGGGAUAACAGGUCCACUUACAGCCUCCAUGAUUGCUGUUGCACGGUGCUUAACAUAUCCCAACUUUAAGAUUCAAGCCAUUUUGAAGACUAUCCUGCGAGAUGAGAUGGUGCUUUCCCGCUUGAAAAAGCCAGAGGAUUUGGAAAACGUGAAUCAGGAGAAAUUGACUGAGAGUGAACAACUUGUGAAUAUGGUAAAUAGGGCUGUGACUGCAAUUAAUGGUAGACUAAGCAGCCUAGCCCAUUUUGAUGGUCUGGAUAGCAAGGUAAGCACAUUAGUAGCAGCGGCCAGCAGUCACGACAAUUUAUGUAGAAUGGAUCCAGCAUGGCAUCCAUGGUUGUAAAUUCAAAUAAAAAUACAUUUUAUAAACGAACCUACUUCGUACCUUUGUUACGUUAUCUUGUUCCUUAGACAAUUUGACUGUAACUUAAAUUUUAUAAAUUAUUUAGUAAGCAAGUUUUCAAACUAUUUAAGGUUUAAUUUAUAUGUACAUAUUAAUUUACUAAUGCACAUACAGUAUUUUAUUGUGAUACAAUUAUAAUUUGCUUUAUACGUUUUUAAGUAAAUAUACGAUUUAUUAAAGAUAAAUUGUAAUUG